AUGAAGCCAUGUCCCCUGCGCCGCGACGUCCCACAAGGCCAUAAGUGGAGCUUCAAGCAUCCAGUUCUCUCACUAGCGCCGGCCAAGAAGAAGGCCAGGCGGAAGAAGCGGGACAAGCCAUGCGCGUUGUGUGUGGUGACCGAGACGCUGCUAUGGAGGACUUGGCCGACCGAUCGCCAGGUCAUGCUCUGUAAUGCCUGCGAGAUCAAGGUGAGGACACCUGGGGUGGUGCUGCCCGAGCUGGUGUACCUCUCUCCUCUGGCGAGGGUCGGUCAUCUACAUGCUCCAGCAUUCGUUGGUGCCCCACACGAAAUCCAGCUAGUCUCGGACUCACCUGGGGCAGUGCACUCGAAGCAGGUGCAGCUGCACCUCCCUUCUCUGGUGAUGACAAUGAUGACGGUCAUCUUUGAGCUUCAGCAACCGCACCCACAAGAGAUCCAGGAGUCAGAGUACCCACCUAAUAUCCGCAUCCUAGACUCCAUGAUUGAUGCCGACAUCUAA